UUUCAUCUUUAAUUUUUUUUUUUCCUUUUUGCCCCCCCGGAUACCCUGUCUUUUACUUUUUCUAACCCGUCCACUAUCUUGAAUUGCUCCUCGUGCACAUCACACGCCGCCUGGUUUUUGAUUCCUACCUGAUGACCGCUCUUUUUUGAGCAGUCUCGUCAAUGGAUAACGCAAAUUUGUGGACUCGCAGAGCCAAUUCCUCCAAGUUGUCUCUGUCCAUGACCGGGCCCGACGGCAAAGAGGGUGGCGCCAGAGUCGAACUUCCCCGCAGUCAAACAUCGAAGCGUUUCGGUCCUGAUAGCUCCCACGGUCGCUCGAAUCCUUUUAACGCAAUAUCCCCUCUCUCCAGCGGCGUGGCCUCACCGUCCACCCACGCUUCCUCCGCAUUCGGGCUGGGAUCGGGCGCAUUUGCGUCCUUUGGUACCCCCAAGACCCCCGGCGAAAAACGUGAGCCGGACCAGGACUUAUCGUCAUCGACUGAGGGUCUGAAGACCAAGGGCUUUGGUGCUCCCGCUCCUGGUUAUAGAGAACAUUCCCUAAAGUCCACUUGGGUGAUCUGGUACCGCCCACCGACACCGAAAUACUCCGACUACGAAAAGUCCACCAUCGCCCUUGCAUCCAUAUCCUCAGUAGAGAGUUUCUGGUCUAUAUACUCCCACCUUAAGAGACCCUCUCUCCUCCCUACCGUCUCAGACUAUCAUAUUUUUAAGAAAGGCAUCCGUCCCGUAUGGGAAGAUGAAGCGAAUAAGAGAGGUGGAAAGUGGGUCGUUCGGUUGAAGAAGGGAGUGGCCGACCGGUACUGGGAGGACCUCCUCCUGGCCAUGGUGGGCGAUCAGUUUGCAGAGGCGGGUGAUGAGGUGUGUGGUGCCGUUCUGAGCGUACGGAGCGGGGAAGAUGUGUUGAGUGUCUGGACCCGGAUUGACGGAGGGCGAAACAUCAAGAUCAGGGAAACGAUCAAACGGUUGCUCGCCUUUCCGGCCGACACCAACAUAGUAUGGAAGAGCCAUGAUGACAGCAUUGCUCAACGAUCUGCCAUCGAUCAAGCCCGACAGGAGAAGGCCGCUGGAAAUGCUGGUCAUCACCACCACCUUGGAGCAGAUCGACGAAGAGCUACGGGCAAUGACGACACUACGGGAGAUAAAGGAAAAUCGGCGGCGUCUUGACAUGCUUUAUCUGAGCCUGGUUACGACCCUGUAUAGUAAAGAAAACGAAAAAAUCUUGGGACGUGUUUUUGGGACUGGGGCAUUGGGGCGAACUAUCAUGCAUCUGGUUUUUGAUCUUCUUUCCUGUUUUAUUUCCUCAGUUUCAUGCGAGAUGUUACUAUGCAAGAAAAAGGAGCCUUUGGGGGAUGUAGCGUCACGCAUUCGGGUUAGGUUUCUUUGCCAUGCUGUAUCUAUCCGAACCAGGACUUUGUUGCGUUAAAGUCUUUUCUUUUUUUAAUAUGACACUGGUUCCACG